AUGGCCUGCUACGACCUCUGCCGACCCUGCGGACCCACCCCGCUGGCCAACAGCUGCAACGAACCCUGUGCCCUGCAAUGCCAGGACUCUCGUGUCAUCAUCAACCCUUCCCCUGUGCUGGUCACCCUGCCAGGACCCAUCAUGACCUCCUUCCCCCAGAACACCGCCGUCGGAUCCACCUCCUCGGCUGCCGUGGGCACUGAGCUCAGUGUGCAGGGACAGCCCAUCUCGGGUGGAUUUGGUGGCUUUGGUGGCUUUGGCUAUGGUCGUGGAUCUGGCUAUGGGCUGGGCUGUGGCUAUGGGCUGGGAGGCCUGGGCUGCUAUGGCAGAAGGGGUGGCUACAACUGCUAA